AAUUUGUCGAUGUCCACGAGAAAAACAAAUCAAAUGGUGAUGUUACGGCACGUUUAGUUGGAGAAAUCGACUUUUAGAAAUAUGGUUACCGAGGAAAGAGUGCACGCAGAUCAAGCAUCUGUGAGCAUCAAGAAGGUUGAAGAUAAAAUACGAAAUGCAGUUAAUGCGAAGAAAGUUCGAUGUACUGAAUUUUUUAAAGAUUUUGAUAGAUUAAGGACAGGAUAUAUUUCAAAAGCUCAAUUUGAGAGAUGCCUUGAUCAGUUAUUUUCUGUGCAAUUGAGUCCACUGGAGACCAAUGUUUUGUUGUCUAAAUAUGGCAGUAAUCCACAACAGCAAGGAAUGGUUUGCUAUCGGGAUUUCUGUGCUGCCAUUGAUGCAACAUUUGAUGCAAAUAUUAUGGACAAAGCACCUGACACACAGAGAGUUGGUUCUGCAGCAAGUGAUCCAAUGAACAGAAGACCUCUCAGUCCAGCCUCACUAUCAAAAUAUGACCACAUCCUAUCAAGAUGUGCAGCUUUUUAUAAAUAUCAUGGCAUCAUUGUCAAAUCAUCCUAUGCUGAUUUUGACAAGCACAACAAUGGUCUGGUCACUGAGAGCCAGUUUUACCGAAGUUUUCCUGGCCCACCAGAUGUUGUUGAGGCAGAGAUGAGGCUUGUUGCUAGAAAGCACAGACAUCCUGACAAAGCAGGAUUGUGUAAUUAUUUACAGUUUCAUGAGGACGUUGUACAAAGACAACAAGACAUCGCAGGAGAUGAAAAAGUUUAUCUUGGGCCUGGCGACCAAAAGACUCUUGACACUGUUGCCUUGGCACAUCAUUUCCAAGAGGCAAGCAGAGGUUCAGAUCUUGGUGCUAUAUUUGAGAAGAUUCGUAUUGCCGUGUAUAAAAAUGGAGUAAGAACGACCGAAUUUUUCAGAGAUCACGAUAAACUCAGGAGUGGUGUCAUCACUGAAAACCAGUUCGUGUGUGGUUUAUCUUUGUGUUGCGGCACCAUCGCGAACUUGUCACGUGAUGAAAUACAGCAAGUGGUAGAUUUCUAUCGUACCGAGGACGGCCGUGUGCAGUAUAAAGAAUUUUGUCAUUUGAUGGAAAAUGCAUUUACAGAACCUGAACUUGAGAAGAAACCGACAACUCAAAUGCUUCGACCUCCCGUUGGAGCCCUUAUGAAGGUCCCAAACGCAUUGAGCGCUCACGAGGAACGACAAGUCCAAGAGAUUCUUGAUCGUCUAGCCAGCGACGUAAGAAGAAGAGUCUUAUGGUCUAUCCUUUCUUCAAAGACUUUGACAGAAUGUGAACGAAGUAAAGCGUAUACUCGCGGCAUUACGAAGCCUCAAUUUGAAAAGCUUCAUGUUUUAAGCUUAAACCUACAGGCAAAUGAACUCGUUCUGAUUUGCAAGAAAUUUGAAUAUCCUGUUGGUGGUGAUGUCAAUUAUCCAGCCUUUAUCCAGGCUAUUGAUCCAGAAUACGUCGCUUCCUCCAAGCACUUAGUGUCCGACGAUGAUUUUAACAGAUCUGAGGAAGCUCCACCGCCUCCACCAUUGGAUUUGACUACAGUCGAUUUCGGCGAGCUCAUUGGUCGUAUUCGGCAUCACGUAUUGACCAAUAGAAUAAGGGUGGAGGAGUAUUUUCAAGACUUUGAUCCGCUCCGCAGCGGUUCUAUUAGCAAAAGUCAUUUCCGUCGUGGCCUUAGCUCACUUGGUCAACAUCAACUGACCGACGCCCAGUUUGAGGUCAUGGCGUUGCAUUAUUCUGAUCCGAAGAGAGCUGGAAAUGUUAUAUGGACUCAAUUUUUGAAGGAUAUUGAAGAAGUGUUUACCAGACGAGGCUUGGAGAAGAUCCCAACAUUUGCAGUUCCUGCUAGUGAGACGUUUUUGAUGGAGAAACCAGGGGCAAAGAAGGAUCUUGGGGCGACGGAAUUGCUAGAUCAAUGUAUGCAUCGACUGCGAGAGAGAACAAAACAACGACGACUUCUUGCCAAACCAUGUUUUCAGGACUUUGACAAACAUAAUAAUGGGCAUGUGACAAAAUCACAGUUUCGUCAAUGUCUUCAGCAUUUGGAGUUGAACGCCACAGUUCAGGAGAUGGAGGCAAUGGAGAAAAAGUUUUCUGACAAUAUUGGUGUUAACUAUAUCAGAUUUUUAGAAGAACUGCAGCCAACGGAGAAAGAAGCAAACAGAUAUACUCAAAGAUUAGAAGAACUCAAGCUCGUCAAUAGCAAAAUCAUGCCAGAUCACGGUUCAGAAGACAUCGACCGAAUUCUACAGAAGAUAAAAAACAAGGUUGUGAAAGAACGUAUCCGCGUGUUGGAAUUCAUGCGUGACUACGACAAGUUACGAAGUGGUCGCAUGCUGAAAACAUGUUUUCCUCGAGCUUUGGAUCUCUGUCAGCUGGGGCUGACUAAAAAGGAAGUUGAGAUUCUUACUAAUGUUUACACAUCUUCUCAAAACCCAGAUUACGUGGAUUACGUGGAGUUUUCGGAUUACGUGGAGUCUAUAUUUACGUUGAAACACCUCGAGAAGAAUCCUUUGGUUGAACCGGUACAAUAUCGUCCCGAGCAGGGAUCUGAUCUGAAUAGGCUCGUUCAAGAUGCUAAUGAGAUGUUCGAAAAGGUCAUGCACCGUCUCGCGGACCGCGUGCGCCAACGUCGCGUUCAAAUGUUCCCGUUGUUUGAGGACUAUGACCGCAUACACAAUGGCACCGUCUCGCGUAGUCAGUUUCGUCGCGUGCUGAGCGAGCUGGAUCUUGGGAGCAUGGUGAGCAGUCGCGAAUUCACCGUGUUGUAUCAGAAGUUCGAUGUCCUCAUAGGUGGAAAACACGAUUUCAACUACAUCGCGUUCUGCGACCUCGUCAACGAGUAUGCGCUGUUUGAACACGGAAAACCGUAAGACUUUGAGUUGAUAGCUGAACGAAGAACUCUCUAGUGUUGUAAGGAAAAUUUGUUUUGAAUUUCAAGUAUUGGUACUCUAAUAAAGACUUCUAUAUGAAAUCGGUGUUAUAUUUUUAGUAUCAUGAUUUCUUAAGAUAAGAAACCGCUUAUGUGAUGCGAAUGUUUGUGGCGAAAGUACAAAAUCUAUAACCUAGCUAUAUGAGAGAAA